UGAGACGUCAUUCUUAGCAGCAUCCAUCUUCAUUCUCAGCCAUCCGUCGCAACACUCCUUCGCCUUCAACUUAUAUCUCUCCUCCCAAUCGCCUGCCUUGCUCACCUGUGUUCUACCAUUUUUGCGAUCAGAGGACUUCUACAUUUCAAUGGCCAACAACACUUCAGCCUCCUCGCAGCUUCAACCUCAUCAGCUACCUCUGCCCCGCAUCGCGAUACAGUUCUGCACGCAGUGCAAGUGGAUGCUCAGAGCUGCCUAUUUUGCCCAAGAGCUCCUAUCCACAUUCUCGACCUCGAUAGGCGAAGUCGCCCUCAUCCCUUCCACAGGAGGCGUCUUUACCGUCACCAUCACCACAGCCUCUCCCGUCUCCGAGACCUUUGCAUCGACAUCCGACCCUUCUGUAUCGCCGUCGUCUCCUCCCCCUCCAUCAGCGACUCCCCCCACCACCACCGCCAUCCUCUGGGACCGCAAGACAGAAGGAGGCUUCCCCGAGACAAAAGAACUCAAACGCAGGGUCCGCGACGUCAUCGAUCCCGGCCGCGACCUGGGCCACGUGGACCGCCACCACGCCGCCGCUCCCAAGCCACCAUCCCAACCGGAAACGCCGCAACCGCAACCGCAACCGCAACCGCAACAGUCACAGCCACAGCCACAGCAACUAACCGCCAGCAUGUCCUCCAACAACGCGAAUCACCCCGCCCUGCACGGCUCGCAGCCGGGAAUCAUCCGGCCCAUCGCAAAUUCGCCCUCCUCCUCUUCCGCGGCGGGGCCCCCCGCCGCGGCGAGCAAGUUGAGCGACGACGCAAAAGCGAGCAUUGCUGCCGCGAGGGCGAAUAAAGGCCAGGCCGACGUGAGCCAUGUCGAUGGAGCGGCGCUUAAGUCCGAGUUGGGCUUGGAGGAUCAAGGUCAAAGGGAUACAUGCGAAGAUUGCGCAUGAUUUCAGGGAGGUUUGGCCGGUGGACCUUCUGUCUGCCCAGUGUCGUUGUAUAUGGUUCGAUGAAGCAGAACGAGUCGAGUCCGCCCUUACCUAUCUAUAUAUGGUCUCUCAAAAACAGUCACCGAAGCACUACAGCUCCUAAGUGCUAGAUGUUCCGUGACACAAAGAAACGGGAUUUUAACCGGAUAAGCUGGCUCAUAAAGU